AUGAUGAUGAAGGAUAAUACAACCAAUGAACAAAAACAACAACAUUCGAAUAGAAAGCCUUUCUUUUCGGGUGGAUUGGGUAGAUCUUCCUCUCUGAGCAGUCCACCCAAAACAUCAGCAGCAUCCUCUCAAGUUACAAAUCCUCCACCCCCACCACCAAAUUCAAGAGCUGCCUACGAGAAAAUGAGAGAAGAACGUGAAGAGCAGCUGGAAGCAGAAGAAUUUGCACAAAGAAGAGAACAAAUUAGAGACAAUUUCCAAAAGCAAUUUUUCGAAAAUAUGGAUCCAAAUGAAUUUAAAAAAGCUUGGGAACAAGCUCAAAUUGAUGAGAAGGCAGAAUAUAAAAAAAUUACUUUCAGACAACAGAUGAGAUGGUGGAUUAAGGACCACGAUCGUUUCGAUCGAUUCAUGAAGUUAUUAAUGAACCCUACAGCUACUGAGGAUGAAAAACACUACGCCAAGGAACAAAUUGAUGAAAUGAUUAAAUUGUAUGGAGAAGUUAGAGUUCGUCCCUCGAAUAGAAAGAAAAUUCCUGCUCGUUUGACGCUUGUAAUUUUAGCCAUUGUCAUGAUUAUUUCAUGGAUGGCAGUUAAAGGCCAACAACGUAUGGCGAAUAAGGAGAGACAAGACCAAGUUCUAGAAGAAGUGGUCAAACGAAGUCAACCAACGGAAGAAAUGCGAGCAGUACCUCAGAUAAAUCAUCGUGAAAUUCUCCAAGAAAUUGAGAAGCAGAGAUUACAAAAAUUGAAAGAAAAGUCCAACCAACCUUAA